CAACGCCCAGGUCAUGAAUGCUGAGGAGCAUGCCUUUCGAUUUUCUGCCAACAUCAUCAACAGGAACAGGACUCUGCUGCCCAACACAACCUUGACCUAUGAUAUCCAGAGGAUUCACUUUCACGACAGCUUCGAGGCCACCAAAAAGGCCUGUGACCAGCUGGCGCUGGGGGUGGUGGCCAUCUUCGGGCCGUCACAGGGCUCCUGCACCAACGCAGUCCAGUCCAUCUGCAAUGCCCUGGAGGUGCCCCACAUUCAGCUACGCUGGAAGCACCACCCACUGGACAACAAGGACACCUUCUACGUGAACCUCUACCCCGACUACGCCUCUCUCAGCCACGCCAUCCUCGACCUGGUCCAGUACCUCAAGUGGCGAUCGGCCACCGUGGUCUAUGACGACAGUACAGGGCUCAUCCGACUGCAGGAGCUCAUCAUGGCCCCAUCGAGGUACAACAUUCGCCUGAAGAUCCGCCAGCUCCCCCUUGACUCUGAUGACUCACGCCCCCUACUCAAGGAGAUGAAGCGGGGCCGUGAAUUCCGCAUCAUCUUCGACUGCAGCCACACCAUGGCCGCCCAGAUCCUCAAGCAGGCCAUGGCCAUGGGCAUGAUGACGGAAUACUACCACUUUAUCUUCACCACUCUGGAUCUAUAUGCGUUAGACCUGGAGCCCUACCGCUACUCAGGGGUGAACCUGACAGGGUUCCGGAUCCUCAACGUGGACAACCCCCAUGUCUCGGCCAUCGUGGAGAAGUGGUCCAUGGAGAGGCUGCAGGCGGCUCCCCGGGCAGAGUCCGGCCUGUUGGACGGAGUGAUGAUGACUGACGCGGCCUUACUGUAUGAUGCCGUCCACAUCGUGUCUGUGUGCUACCAGCGGGCACCCCAGAUGACCGUGAACUCCCUGCAGUGCCAUCGGCACAAGGCCUGGCGCUUUGGCGGCCGCUUCAUGAACUUCAUCAAGGAGGCUCAAUGGGAAGGAUUAACUGGACGGAUUGUUUUCAACAAAACCAGUGGCUUACGGACGGAUUUUGAUCUGGACAUCAUCAGCCUGAAGGAGGACGGCCUGGAGAAGGUUGGGGUGUGGAGUCCUGCGGAGGGGCUCAACAUCACGGAGGUUGCCAAAGGCCGAGGCCCGAAUGUCACCGACUCUUUGACGAACAGGUCCCUCAUCGUCACCACCGUGCUGGAGGAGCCCUUUGUCAUGUUCCGGAAGUCCGACCGGACGCUGUUCGGGAAUGACCGCUUCGAGGGCUACUGCAUCGACCUGCUGAAGGAGCUGGCCCACAUCCUCGGCUUCUCCUACGAGAUCCGGCUGGUGGAGGACGGGAAGUACGGGGCACAGGACGACAAGGGCCAGUGGAACGGCAUGAUCAAGGAGCUCAUCGACCAUAAGGCAGAUCUGCCGUGGGCCCCCCUGACCAUCACCCAUGUCCGCGAGAAGGCCAUCGACUUCUCCAAGCCCUUCAUGACACUCGGUGUGAGCAUCCUGUAUCGAAAACCCAAUGGCACCAACCCUAGUGUCUUCUCCUUCCUCAACCCGCUGUCCCCAGACAUCUGGAUGUACGUGCUCCUCGCCUACCUGGGUGUCAGCUGUGUCCUCUUUGUCAUUGCCAGGUUCAGCCCUUACGAGUGGUACGAUGCACAUCCCUGCAACCCUGGCUCCGAGGUGGUGGAAAACAACUUCACUCUGCUCAACAGCUUCUGGUUCGGCAUGGGGUCCUUGAUGCAGCAAGGGUCGGAACUGGAUGCCCAAACCCUGUCCACACGCAUCAUCGGUGGCAUCUGGUGGUUCUUCACGCUCAUCAUCAUCUCAUCCUAUACGGCCAACCUGGCCGCCUUUCUGACCGUGGAGCGCAUGAAUCUCCACGACUCUGCUGAUGACCUGGCCACAACCAAAAUCGAGUAUGGGGCUGUCAAAGACGGGCCCACCAUGACCUUCUUCAAGAAAUCCAAGAUCUCCACCUUUGAGAAGAUGUGGGCCUUCAUGAGCAGCAAGCCCUCGGCGUUGGUGAAGAACAACGAGGAAGGCAUCCAGAGGACCCUGACGGCCGACUAUGCGCUGCUCAUGGAGUCCACGACCAUCGAGUACGUCACCCAGAGGAACUGCAACCUUACCCAGAUCGGGGGCCUCAUCGAUUCCAAGGGCUACGGCAUUGGCACACCCAUGGGCUCCCCGUACCGGGACAAGAUCACCAUUGCCAUCCUGCAGCUGCAGGAGGAAGACAAGCUCCACAUCAUGAAGGAGAAGUGGUGGCGAGGCAGCGGGUGUCCCGAGGAGGAAAACAAAGAGGCCAGCGCCCUGGGCGUCCAGAAGAUCGGGGGCAUCUUCAUCGUCCUGGCCGCCGGGCUGGUCCUGUCCGUGCUGGUGGCCGUGGGCGAGUUUGUGUACAAGCUCCGCAAACAGCGGAGCGAGAGCAGCGCUCCUUCUGCAGCACCGUAGCCGACGAGAUCCGUUUCUCCCUCACCUGCCAGCGUCGGGUCAAGCACAA